AUGAUACAGUCCAUAAAGAUCACAAUGUUUGAUGAGAGGUGUGCAUGCUCUGUGAGCUAUCACCUCUUCUGCUGCCACCGCUCUGAAAAGAUCAGUCACCGCUGGAUGGCGCUGAACUACGCUGGAAUCUCAGUCGGAUUUCUUGGCUGUUACGUUUCAGGAGUAUUCUACAUAUUCUAUUGCAAUAACUACUGGCGGCAGGUGUAUCUGGUAACUGUUCUGGCCAUGAUGCUGGCUGGGUUCUUCGCUCAGAUACACCCUCAUUACUUAACCCAGAAGUGGCAAAAGCUGCACUCUGUUAUAUUAUGUGCAGUAGCAGGAUACAGCCUAAUUCCCAUCUUUCAUUGGAUCUGGCUCAGUGGGGGUUUCAGCUCAGAUAUUGUCCAGGUAAGCAGCCCACGAAUCCUGCUAGGUUACAUGGCCUCAGCCGCAGCAGUACUUCAGCUGGGUUUACUGCGCAUGCGCCCGCGCGUCUCGCCGGGUCAGCUGAACUAUUUGGGCUCCAGCCAUCAAGUCUGGCACAUACUGUUGGUGCUCAUGUUCUACUGGUGGCAUCAAUCUGCACUCUUCAUAACCAACUACCGUCACUCUCACCCUUGCCCUGACUACCCUCUUCAUUCCUAG